GCCCAAGUCCCACCCUAACAUCCUGACUUAGAUUCAUGAUGCCGCUUCCCGCCACACACAAGCUACUCCUCUUCACUCUUCCAUACUUUUCCUUUGGUGUUUGCAAGUUUCUGGCUUUCUACGGGUGAUUCGACACACUACAUUCCUCCCGAAACAGCCAACCCAACCCAUUACACAUCACAGAUUAGACGCUGCGAGGCACACACCCAAUAUAACCAUGGCUUCCGGACCGAACUCCAAUGUGACGCCGGCGCAGGCCAAGAUUUGCGUAUACUGCGGCUCUUCACCGGGGAAGAAUCCGAUCUAUCUUAAAGCGGCCCAGGAAUUGGGCAAGCUCAUGGCCGAGAACAAUAUUGCCCUAGUUUACGGCGGUGGCACGGUGGGGUUGAUGGGAGAGGUCGCCAAGACGAUAGUAUCCAUAGCAGGCCCCGAUGCAGUUCACGGUAUUAUCCCCGAAGCACUUGUCAAAUGGGAGCGCGACUCGACGUACUCGGACACCAAAGACUCCAAUGGCUACCAUGUCCCGGAGGAGCAGAUCUAUGGUCGAACGACGGUUGUCAAAGAUAUGCACACACGAAAACUGAUGAUGGCACGUGAAGUAAUAGAGGGCGGACCCGGAAGCGGUUUCAUUGCGCUUCCAGGUGGAUAUGGCACGAUGGAGGAACUACUCGAGACGGCAACAUGGAAUCAACUAGGCAUCCACAACAAGGGCGUCUGCGUACUGAAUAUCAAUGGGUUUUACAGCGGCCUUACCGAGUGGAUCAAGACGGCGGUUGACGAGGGCUUUGUACAAGAAGGCAACGCCCACAUCUUGGUUUCAGCAACCGAUGCCGAAGGUGCGCUGAAGGCAUUGCGAGAGUACAAGGUCUCAGACGCACGAUAUGGCUUAGACUGGGGUAGCGAGUGAAAGGGGCUAUCUCAUUAGAAUUAUCACAGGUGCCAUAUACCACAAUGUAUAGAUAACUAGUGCAGAGACGAUCUGUGCUAGUCAGAACAACUCUGCUCGUGCAACGCAAUGCAAAGCUAGCGCUGUGUAUUAC